UUUCUUUUUCCCUCCUCUCUCUCUUUCUCUCCUGCACUUGCGCUCUUCCUGCAUUACUGGUACAACCUGAGCCAAGUCAACCCGAUGGAAUACAACACUUCCCAAGGGCAUACGACACACUCCAUGAGGAACCACGCAAGAGCAGGAGGUCAACAUCACUCACAGGCUUAAGUCAACUGGACCUCAUCGCUUGGAAGGAAAAUGGAGCCAGACUAUAGUUUGUUACUGAUUAUUUUGCAUCUAUUGAUGGCUCCUUUCGCCCUGGUUUUCGUUUGGGCCAUUUACUACGACUUUUCUAGAUCAGAGAUCCCGCCUGGAAUCGACCAGCCUCUAAAGCUCCGGAUCCUUCACUGGUUAUUGAUUGUUUCGGCAGUUCUGGGGAAGAUUCUGGAGAACCUCAGCUUCUGUUCUCAAAUCCGUUUCAUCCGUUUCACCCAAGAGGGCAAAAAGCUGGGAGAAGAUCCCAAACUCCUGAUUAAGGAUCUAAUGUUUGAGGACAUCCCCGUGAGGGUUUACCAGCCAAAAGAAUCCAAAUCGGAACGAAGGAGAGGAGUCAUCUAUUUCCACGGAGGAGGCUGGAUGUUUGGAAGUAUCAAUUCCUAUGAUCAUGUUUGCCGGUACAUUGCCAAAGAAAGCGAUUCGGUGCUUGUAUCAGUUGGGUAUCAUCUAGCCCCUGAGCAGAAGUAUCCAUCCCAGUUUUAUGAUUGCUUGGCCGCUACGGUACAUUUUCUGAAGAAAGCAGAAGACUAUGGGGUGGACCCUGCUCGCAUUAUCAUCAGUGGGGACAGCGUUGGAGGGAAUUUCACUGCUUCUGUUUGCCAGGCAUUAGUGAGCCAAGCCGAUGUGGUCAAGCCACUCGCUCAGAUUCUGAUCUAUCCUGGUCUUCAAGCAAUCGACUUCAACCUGCCUUCUUACCAACAGAACCGAGCAGUCCCCAUCCUGUACCGAGAGCACGUUAUCUGUUCCGCUCUGCAGUACCUCAACAAGGAUUUGUCCGUGUUAGACAGCGUCAUGCAAGGGUGUCAUGUCCCCAGUGACAUCAAAACAAGAUUUGGAAAAUGGAUCAACUCCGAAAACAUCCCGCAAGAAUUUAAGGCUAGGGGAUUCAAGCCGUCAGAGACCACAUCCUUCUUAGACAGUGUCUACGAGGUGGUGAAGCAAGCUCUGGAGACAACUUUCUCUCCCCUUAUGGCAGAAGAUGCUGUUAUUUCCCAGCUUCCCAAGGCCUGCAUUGUCACUUGUGAAUAUGACGUUCUAAGGGACGAUGGGAUCCUUUACAAGAAACGUCUGGAAGACAACGGAGUGCCUGUCACUUGGUACCACAUUGAAGAUGGUUUCCAUGGGGUGAUCAACUUUUUCAACGGGUUUUUGUCAUUCCCUUCUGGUAAAAAGGGAGUAGACAGCAUUGUCACUUUUAUAAGGAGUUUAUAACGCAGUGUUUGAUUAAAUCAAGAUUUAUAUA